UGUUUGAAAUACUAAACAAGCGAGGCAAUAAAGUAUUGAAGCACCCUCUCGAAGCUGCAAAAAUCAAGCUUAAAAAAGCCCCAUUUAUUCCUCGUGCUUUUAACUCGCCUCCCUUCAGCUUUUCAGAGAUAAAAACCAUUUCGCCCUUCUUCUUCUUCUCAUCCUCCUCCUCCUCUUCCUAUAAAAUAAAGUUUGUCCUCCUUUAGCUAAACAUCACAGUUUCAAACAGAUCCUUAUUGCAGCUGUAAGUUCGAAGAUCGAGGUAUUCGAUUACGAAUCAUUCUCUGAAAACCCAAACGAGCAAAAGGGGUAAACAGUUGAAUUUUGUUUUUCGGAAAGUAUGUCGUGUUCGCCGGAAUUCAUGGGUCAGAAAUCGGCGAGGUCACCGGAUAAGCCAAGCUUUUCCCAAACUUGUAACUUGUUGAGUCAGUACUUGAAGGAGAAAGGUAGCUUUGGAGAUCUAACUCUGGGGAUGACAUGCAACGUGGAAGCUAAUGGGACACCGGAGAUGCUGCGUCCUACCAUGAAUUUGUUUCCUGUCAAUGAGAACUCGGGUGAUGUUAAUAGCCGAAACCUUGCAGCUCCUCGGAACUUGAGAUCCAUGGAUUUGUUCCCUCAGCAAGCUGGUUUUUCAUCACCGUCUUCUAAGGAUGAUGGUCUGAAAAGGGUUGAUUCUAGUGUUAACAGCAUGAACAAAUCUGCCGCAGUGGAGCCUCAAACUGCACAGAUGACUAUCUUUUAUGGUGGACAAGUGAUUGUGUUCAAUGAUUUUCCAGCUGACAAAGCCAAGGAAAUCAUGCUUUUAGCUAGCAAGGGAAGCUUUCAAAACAACAGCUUCAACCCCAAUCCUGCCAAGACAAAUGUCCCCUUUACUUCUAGCAUUGCUAGAAGUCCAGUUGAACCUGGCGUUGGAGUUCCUCCUACUACAAAUGUGGCUCCUAAUUUCGUAAACAAUGCAACUCAAGAAUGCAUUCAAUCUGCUCAGCGACCCAUUCCUGGCGAUCUACCAAUUGCUAGGAGAGCUUCACUCCAUCGGUUCCUAGAGAAGAGAAAGGAUAGGAUCACCACAAGAGCACCAUAUCAGAUAAGUAGCUCUGGGGCAUCUCCUUCCAAGCCAGGCGACAGCAUGUCAUGGCUGGGUUUGGCUGCUCAAUCACCACAGUAGUCUGUCAAGUAUUCAUUUUUGAGGCUUUUCUGAAGCCUGCUAUCCCCCCCUUUUUU